AUGGACUCGGACCUGAAAUGCAAUAGACUCACUUGUCGAACGACGCUCAUUGAAAGGGCUGUUGUCGUAAAUACAACCAUUUCAGUUGACUGUGCAAAUGAACUCUUCAGUGUAGCGCGGCUAUGUCCCGCUUGCGAGACGAGCUUGACCGAACCCGAUGACGUCGUAGUUUGCUCUCUCAACCCAACAAAUGAUUACAAAACAUCUGUUCUUUCGGGGUUAAGCCCGUCUAUCAUCUUAGAGAUCUGUAGUCGUGCUUUGUCGUUUUGGCAAUAUCAAGUUCAUCAGGAAAAUCUGUUUCAGCAUGCCGUGACACGUAAUCUGAACGACCGCAAUGCGCAGCUACAAAAGCAGCUGGAGAAUGUCGUUCGGGAAGGCAAGUUGCCCAGGCGCUUGCUAAGAACUAAAGGCUAA